AGUUAGUGUGCGUCAAGUUGAUGUGCGUGUGUCCAGCGUAUAGCGUAUGUAUCAGUACGUCAGUUUCCAACCGCCACGUCUGAAUAUUUAUUUACAAUGAGUGCGUGGGUGCAAUACUUUAAAUCCAUUCCAACGCAUAUGGAUUACGAUGGUCAAGCUAGAGCUGAGAAAUUGUCAAGAGUCAUCAUAACAUUAUUUGGUGUCGUUGGCCUAGUCUGGGGAUAUGUCAUUCAACAAUUCUCACAGACUAUCUAUAUUUUGGGUGCCGGUUUUGUUAUGGCAGCGUUAAUUACUGUACCUCCAUGGCCUAUGUACCGUCGCAAACCAUUAGAGUGGCAAAAGCCACAAUCUGAAGUUACAACCAAACUCAAAAAGAAAAAAUAAUCGUGAAAUAUUCUUGUGGCACCAUAAAUGCAACUUAAUACGAUAAAAUAUUGUGGAAAUAUUCAGAGAUAUGAAUCUGAUUGCUGAAAGUGAAAAUUUAUAUGCAUUACUGAGCAUUUGUCUUCAUGCAUUUGUUUUUAUAAGAUUAUAAAUAUUUUUAAUGUCUGAAUGGAAGUACAUCAGAACAAGUAUGAAUGUGAGACAUUUCUUUAACAUAUAUGUAUUAUUUGUAUAUUAAUAUCUAUUGAUUAUACAAGUGCAAAUAGCAAAUAAAUAUAAAUAGUGAUAUGUGAAUAUGAACCGAAAAGAAGAAUCAAAGAAGUUAAGAAUCAAAUAUGAAAUCUACCAUCAAUCAAUUAUAUACAACAAAAAUAGCUUUAUUUUUCCUUCCUUUAUAUAUUCUUUAUGUAAUAAAAUUAUAGCAUCAG